AUACAGAUAGUUAGCAUAAUUUUUUUUCUUUCUCUUAACCUGUAUGAUGUCUCUUAUUUUUCAGACUACCUGCUCUCUAAUAAUUAUGUAAAUUCUAUUAUUGUCCACAAAUUUGACUUCUCUGAUGAGGAGAUCAUGGCAUAUUAUAUAUCAUUUUUGAAAACUCUUUCCUUGAAGCUCAACAAUCAUACUGUACAUUUCUUUUAUAAUGAGCACACUAAUGACUUCGCUUUGUACACUGAAGCUAUUAAAUUUUUUAACCACCCAGAAAGCAUGGUCAGGAUUGCUGUUAGGACUAUAACUUUAAAUGUCUACAAAGUGUCAUUGGACAACCAACCUAUGCUGCAUUACAUUAGAGAUAAAACUGCUGUCCCUUAUUUCUCCAACCUCGUUUGGUUUAUUGGAAGCCACGUGAUAGAACUGGAUAACUGUGUGCAGACUGAUGAAGAGCACAGAAAUAGGGGCAAACUGAGUGACCUGGUAGCAGAACAUCUUGAUCAUUUACAUUACCUUAACGAUAUCCUUAUCAUUAACUGUGAAUUUUUAAACGAUGUGCUGACAGACCACCUACUUAAUCGGCUCUUUCUUCCCCUCUAUGUGUAUUCACUAGUCAAUCAAGACAAGGGUGGAGAGCGUCCAAAAAUAAGCCUCCAAGUUUCUCUCUAUCUUCUUUCCCAAGUUUUCCUAAUUAUACAUUAUGCCCCUUUGGUGAACUCAUUAGCUGAGGUUAUACUUAAUGGUGACCUCUCGGUGUUUUCUUCUAAAGUUGAGCAAGAUGUACAGAAAAACUCGGCAAAGUCAAGUAUCAGAUGUUUCAUAAAACCAACAGAAACACUUGAGAGGUCCCUUGAAAUUAACAAACAGAAGGGGAAGAAGAGAGUGCAGAAAAGACCCAACUAUAAAAAUGUUGGUGAAGAAGAUGAAGAGGACAGAGGAUCUGAAGAUAACCAAGAUGACCUAGAUAAAACUAAAAGUACAGAAGUGAGUUCGAAGGGCAUCCGAACAAGCAGUGAAAAUGAAGAAAUAGAGAUGGUAAUCAUGGAGAGGUGUAAACUGUCAGAACUGCCCAUCUCUACUGUGACAGAACAGAAUACAACAGAUGAAGAAAAGAGUGCAGCUGCCUCUGGGAGUGAGAUAACAAACUGGAACAGGCCUUUUCUUGAUAUGGUCUAUAAUGCGCUGGACUGUGCUGAAGAUGAUUACUAUGCCCUCUUUGUGCUCUGUCUGUUAUAUGCAAUGUCACACAACAAAGGAAUUGACCCAGUCAAGCUGGAGAGAAUUCAACUUCCAGCUCAACAUGCUGAAGAGAGAAAUUCAUAUAACCAUGUACUUGCGGAAGGGCUCAUCAGGAUAAUGAAUUAUGCUGCACAACCAGAUGGAAAAAUCCGCUUGGCAACUUUAGAACUUGGCUGCCUGUUGCUGAAGCAGCUUGUGUUCUCUAGGAACAGCAGCAUCAUAAAAGAUGUUCACCUAGCUUGCCUUGAGGGUGCAAGGGAGGAAAGCGUUCAUCUCCUUCGUCGUUUCUAUAAGGGAGAAGAAAUUUUUCUGGAUAUGUUUGAGGAUGAAUACCGGAGCAUGACAAUUAAACCCAUGAAUGUAGAGUACUUGAUGAUGGAUGCCUCAAUCUUAUUGCCUCCAACGGGGACACCACUGACUGGUAUUGAUUUUGUGAAAAGAUUGCCUUGUGGAGACGUGGAAAGAACACGAAGAGCAAUCAGAGUUUUCUUUAUGCUCCGUUCACUAUCACUGCACUUGCAAGAUGAGCCAGAAACUCAGUUACCACUCACGAGGGAGGGAGAUCUGAUAAAGGCAGAUGAUGUUCUCGACUUGAAUAACAGUGAUCUAAUUGCUUGUACAGUCAUAACAAAGGAUGGAGGUCAAGUUCAAAGGUUCCUGGCUGUGGAUAUAUACCAGAUGAGUUUAGUUGAGCCAGAUGUUGCCAGACUUGGAUGGGGUGUAGUUAAGUUUGCAGGCCUUUUGCAGGAUAUGCAGGUGACAGGCGUGGAGGAUGACAGUAGAGCUCUGAACAUAAUAAUUCAUAAGCCUGCCUCAAGUCCUCAUUCUAAGCCCUUCCCUAUCCUUCAGGCUACAUUUAUUUUUUCAGAUCACAUCCGCUGCAUUAUUGCAAAGCAGCGUCUUGCAAAAGGCCGUAUCCAAGCUCGACGUAUGAAAAUGCAGAGGAUAGCAGUUCUGCUGGAUCUUCCUGUUCAGCCUUCAACUGAAAUUAUGGGUUUUGGACACAGCUCUUCAGCUACAGCCCAACACCUUCCAUUUAGAUUUUAUGAUCAGUCACGGCGUGGUAGCAGUGAUCCUACAGUGCAACGCUCUGUUUUUGCAUCUGUUGACAAAGUUCCAGGUUUUGCUGUAGCCCAGUGUAUAAAUCAGCACAAUCCAUCACCACUCUCAUCACCAUCACCUUCCAGUGGCAGUGGGAGUACGGGGCGCUGUGAUUCAGUGGCUGCAAGCUCAACGUCCACCCCUUCUGCUGCACAGAGCCCAUCAGAUGAUGCUUCAGCUCCAGAGCAGCCUCGAAUGGCCAUUUCUGGUCAGACAAUGUUGACUGAUGAAACUCUUUCAGCUGUCUCAAAGUCUAGCAAGAAUGCUGUAAAGAACAGUGACGUAGAAACAGCAAACCUUUCUCCUAGCCUGAUUCCUGCACAGCAGCCCACGAUAUCAUUAAUAACAGACAACAAUACGGAUGCGCUAAGUGUAGAGUCACUUACACUGGUGCCACCAGUUGAUCCACACAGCAUUCGAACAUUCAGCUGCAUUCCUCAGUCCUCUUUGCAAUCUGAAGCUGAAGUUUGCAAGAUAAAAGAGGUGGAGGAAGAAGUUCUGACUAAAGCCAGCCUGCAGACUGUGAUAAACAGUGAAGCAAAUGCAACCAAAUUCUUUGUUGUUUUUCCUUUGGGAGUGCAGAUACUUCUUGAAGCCUCAGAGGCCAUCUGGUCCAUGAGAAGAGGACCAUCAUGA